CCUCACCAAACCCAACAACAGUCUGGUGGUACAGAAUCUGCGGAUAAGGACAUCAAUGAAACGUUACAAGGAAUAAAAAGCAAUCUUGAGCCUAAGGUUUAUAACAUCGCCCAAGAGCUGCUGGGAAUUAAAAGGUUUGGAUCAAAAGUAAGGGAUAUCAAUGAGAAGUUAAAAAGUGUAAUACAAGAAGGUGAUGCUCUAGGUUUAAUGAACUCAACCAUGGGAUCUGCAUCCUCAAGGCCCAGGGUAUUCAGUGAAAGGCCACCAACGAGUUCUUGAGUGAUUAAAUCUGACAUUUUUGGCAGAGACGAUGAUAAGUGGGAGAUUGUUAAAUGGUUGCAAUCAAACGAAACUGCAAGUUCCAGUGACAAUAAUGAUAAAAAUUUCUCGGUGCUACCCAUAGUUGGUAUGGGUGGAGCUGGAAAGACGACCCUUGCUCAACUUGUUUAUAAUGAGACCACAAUUGAGAAGUAUUUUCAGCUAAAAAUUUGGGUAUGUGUAUCAGAAGACUUUGAUGUGGUGAGGUUAACAAAAGAAAUUCUCGAGUCUGCAACUAGGACAUCCCCUUCUUCUAAUUCACUAGAUGUGCUACAGUCAAAACUUAUAGAAGCAUUGCAAAAAAAAAGAUUCUUAUUGGUUCUUGAUGACAUGUGGAAUAAGGAUGACGAGAUAUGGGAUGCCUUAACCACUCCUUUUGCAUUCGGCAAACCAGGAAGCAAGAUAUUGGUUACAACAAGGAACAAAUACGUUGCAUCAAUGGUGCGCAUUGUAGAGAACGAUCAUGAUCUAAAAGGUCUAUCAAAUGAUGAUUGUUUAGAUUUGGUUAGAAAGCACGCAUUCAUGGAUGGUGAUUCAUGUGACGCAAAGCGAAAGAUGAAAGUUUUUGGAGAAAAAAUUGUGAAGAAAUGUAAGGGUUUGCCUUUGGCUGUGAAGACACUUGCACGCCUCUUGCGAAAUAAAAAGGAGAACAUUGAGUGGGAAGAUAUUUUGGAAAAUGAAACAUGGAAUUUGAAAGAGGGUAAGAUCCUUCCAUCGCUCAUGUUGAGCUACCAUCAUCUUCCACCACUUCUGAAGAUUUGCUUCCAAUAUUGUGCUUUGUUUCCCAAGGACUACGUAUUUGACAAGAUUGAUUUAGUCAUGUUAUGGAUGGCGGAAGGUAUUGUUCAACCAAAACCAAAAGGAAAGAAACGGGUGGAAGAUAUAGGGGCUGAGUAUUUUAAUGAACUAUUUAUGAGGUCCUUUUUCGAGUUAUCUAACCGUCGUCCUAAUCAUCCGGCAUCCCCUUUUCAUACGCCACUACCACUGGAUACUUAUGAAUGUUCUGCUAUUGUGGGGUUACCUAACUCAAUUACAAGGCUUUACAAUUUACAAACACUGGUCCUAAAUGACUAUUGGAAUCUUAGAGAGUUUCCUGAAGAUAUGGGUAACCUCAUAAACCUUUGGCAUCUUUUUCUCCCUUUACAGUCAGAAGAGGAUUAUUUCUAUAAUAUGCCAUUAGGAGUGGGAAACUUAACUAGUCUUCAGACAUUGAGCACAUUCAUUAUGGGGCCAAAAAAUAGUAGCGAGUUGAGGAACUUGUCCCAACAACUCCGUGGGAGUCUGGACAUUUCAAAUUUGGUAAAUGUAAGCUAUUAUAAUGAGGCAGAAGCCAUGAUGGACAGUUUAAAGAACAAGACACACCUUCUUGGGCUACGACUGCGGUGGAGUGCUUAUGCAAGCAAUGAUAGUUUUCCUAAUUUGGAAAGAAAUGAAAAAGUAGAGGAGGAUGUACUGGACCGAUUACAACCUCCUACAAAUCUUGAAGCGAUAUGGAUUCAAAACUAUGGUGGUACGCGAUUCCCAAGCUGGAUAGAAAAUCCUUCCUUCUCUAAUUUAGAGACUGUGUGUCUCUUUAAUUGUCGGAAAUGUAGGUUUCUACCUCAUCUUAACCAACUGCCCUCUCUCAAAUACCUACACAUCAACAAUUGCAAUAUUGCUAUAAACAGGAUGGGAGCAGGUGAGUUUUCAGCUAAUAAUCAUCAAUUUAGAGCAUUGGAGACAUUACGUAUUGAAAGUAUGGAUGAGUGGGAGGAGUGGCCCGAAUUGGUUGGAGAAGAAAAAGAAAAAGAUGGAGGACAAUUCCCUUGCCUCCGUGAGUUGAUUAUAGGUGGAUGUCACAAGCUAAGGAUGAUCUGUCUCUGCUUUCCUGUCUUGGUGAAGCUGGAAAUAAAAUAUUGUGAUGACCUGACUGAACUACCUAGGCUUCUUCUAUCAUUACAACAAUUCAAUAUUCAUGAAUGUCCAAAAUUGGUGGCACUUCCAAGUCUUCCAUCCAUUGAAAGGUUGAAUUUGGUGAAAUGUGACCAAAUAACAACAUUGUCUGACUCUCACCACCCAUCAUCAGCAGCAGCAGUAGUAGCAGCAACAAUACCAACAACAUGUGGUGUUGAUUACUCAUUACAUCGUCUCUGUGAUCUGUCAAUUGCGGAUUGUCCCAAUUUGAGAGAAUUAACAGACAUCCUUCCUUCCUUGGAGACACUCCGCAUGAGAAAUUGCAAAGAAUUUUGUUACAUUCCCAAACUUCCAUCUGUGAAGGUUUUGAGUUUGGAGAGAUGUAAGGGGAUGGAAUUCAAAAACAAAACGGUGCCUCAUUUCUCAUCACUUUCCUCGCUGUUUAUUAAUGAUUUGUCAAAUCUUAAAUCGCUGCCUGAUGGGUUUAUGCACCACAUGACAGUACUUCGAGAAUUGUAUAUCUAUAGUUGUAGAGAGCUUACGGUUCUUUUUCUUCAGAACGAGAGUACUGGAUUUGAUCUCCAGCUUCUUCCUUCAAGCCUUGAGCAUUUGUUCAUCUCCAAUUGUGACAAACUAUUGAAGCUACCACAAAGCAUGUGCAAUCUACUUUGUCUCCAAGAAUUUGAAAUUCAAAGUUGCUCUGCUCUUGUGUCCUUCCCGGAAACAGGGUUACCAACUGCGCUUCAACGAUUGGUGAUCAGAGAUUGUGGGAGUUUCGAAGCCCUGCCCAUGGGACUACAUACUCUAACGUCUCUCCAAAAUCUUGAAAUCACAAGUUGUCCAGUUGUUGUAUCCUUCCCGGAAACAGGGUUACCCACUACUGCGCUUCAACGAUUGGUGAUUGGAGAUUGCAAGAAUCUAGAGUCCUUGCCAAUGGGAUUACUGCACAACCUCACAGCCCUCCAAAGAUUAGAAAUCAAAAAGUGCCCUGCUCUUGAGUUCUUUCCAGACAUGGGGUUACCCACCGCGCUUCAGGAGCUACUGAUUCUAAAAUGUGCGAAGCUGAAUUUUUUGCCCAACGAGCUGCACAAACUCACAAAUCUUCAACACCUGAAGAUUGUGGAAUGCUCUUCUCUCAUGGAUUGCAAGAAUCAAGAACCCCUCCUCUACUGGGGUUUUCGUAAUCUCACCACUCUUCAAUCUCUCGUCAUUAGUGGAUGUCCCACUCUCGUCUCCAUUUCAAAGGGCAUGCUUCCCACCAAUCUUAUGUCUCUGGACAUCAAGAACUGCCCAAUUCUCGAAUCCCUGCAUGAUGGACUCUCUGACCGAACCUCUCUCAAACAAUUGAUUAUUCAGAAUUGUCCAUUGCUAACACAACGGUGCAAAGAGAAGGAAGGAGAAGAAUUGUCCAAGAUUUCCCAUAUCCCUGAUAUAUUAAUAGAUGGCAAACGAACAAUAUUCAAGCCUAACCACUCUAAUUGA